AUGUCGAUGGACACAGGCCCUCCGUCGUCUCUGGCUGGCAUCACCGCAGAGCCGCCAUCGUCACUCUCUUCUCCUCCCGAAAGCGAUCCUUCUCGAGCUCGCGCGCCAUCCCUUGGCCUACUACAAAACCGACUUCGCAGAUUCAGCAUUCGUUCUUCCCGAUCGUCGAGAUCCGACAGUAGCAUUCAAUCCCUCUCGGCUGCAGAUAUCAAGGGAGCCCUCGGCCUGAACCUGCUCCAUGAGCCUUCAGAGCCAGCCAUAGACUUUGUUUUUAUCCAUGGACUGGGGGGAGGAUCGAAGAAAACAUGGAGUCAUUCAGCCGAGGCCGGCAUGUUUUGGCCCAAAGAUUGGCUGCCAAAUGAAGUUGGCUUCAAGCACGUCCGCAUCCACAGCUAUGGGUACAACUCGGACUGGACAACAAGGAAGGACAGUCGCUUGACUGUCCACGAUUUUGGACAAGCGCUGCUUGCCGAUCUCUACAAUUCUCCUUGCCUUCGCAAGAACGGCGAUACACCCAUCAUAUUUGUAGCUCAUAGCAUGGGCGGCUUGGUGGCCAAAAAGGCGUAUCUCAUAGCUACGCGCGAUCCGACUUACGAAGCCAUCGGGAAGAGAAUCCAUACCAUGUUUUUCCUCGGCACACCUCAUCGGGGAGCUGAUUCGGCAAAUUUUGCGAAACUGGUUCGUCAGUCGGCUGGCUACGGGCCCAAAGCCUUCCUCGACGAUUUGAUACCUGGCAGUGGAUCGCUACAGCAAAUCAACGACGAUUUUCGACAUGUUUGCCACAAAAUUAAUCUGUGGUCUUUCUCUGAGAGUUUACCGAUGAGCUUUGGCCCCACAUCUUCCUUGGUCGUGGAAAAGCAAUCAGCCAUUCUAGGCAUGCCCAAAGAACAUGUUCAGUAUAUCGAGGCCGACCACCGAAAAAUCUGCAAGUUUGACACGCCAGUCAACCCAAACUACUUAAUCUUACAGCGAGCCUUUCUUACCACGAUCGAGGAGAUGGGAGCUACUACUUUAUUCCAACGUCGAGAUGAACACCGGUCCCAAAUGAAGAAAGUCGCCGCACUCCUCCGUCUCGAUCAACGACCCGACGCGAUUCUUCUUGCGACCAAAGAGAAACAACACUACGGGUCUUGUACAUGGUUGACGGAAGACGAAACAUUCCAAGAAUGGAUCGAUGGCCCCGAAAUGAGCUGGGACGGCACAAGCCCGUUAUCAGAGACUCCAAAAGAGCUGGCACCCAAGACAUUAUGGCUCAACGGCCGCCCGGGGACAGGGAAAACGGUUGCCGCUGGUCAUGUCAUCCGAUACCUUCAAUCUUGCAACCUUGACUGCAGCUUCUAUUUCUUCAAGCACGAGGACAAGACUCCCUCUACUGUGGCCUUCUUACUUCGGUCUCUGGCAUUUCAGAUGGCCGAUUCCAACUUCGAGGUCCGACGGGCUCUGGUUUCGAUGGCCGAGGACGACAUAACCAUCAAGCAUGACGAUCAUCACAUGCUCUGGACCAGUCUAUUUGUGGAACGUAUCUUCAAAGUAGAGCAUACAAGGCCCCAGUUCUGGGUCAUAGAUGCGAUCGACGAAUGCUCGUCCAAAGGGCUGCCAGCUUUGGUUUCCAUGUUGUCCAACAUAGACCAACGAUUUCCCGCACGUGUGUUGAUAACUAGCAGGCCUGGUGGUCAGGUUGGUCGAUACCUCACGCUGGAGCGCACCGAGUUUGUGGAAAUAUUCACUGGCGAGGAAGGUUCACUGAAGGAUAUUGAACUAUUCCUCAACGCCAGAUUUCUUCACACAAGCGACAUUGAACAAUACCGAGAUAUGCAGAAUCUUGUCGCCGAUGUCCUUGCCAAAUCAGACGGCAGUUUCUUGUGGGCGUCUCUCACCAUAGCGAAUCUGGAGAACGCCUACAGUGUAGAAGAUAAGCAAGAUAUUCUGCGACAAAUUCCACCCGAGAUGGACAAGCUUUACUCCCGGACGCUUGCAUGGAUUUCAGCGUCACCCAGCGCCGAGCUAGCAAAAUGCGUUUUGAAGUGGACAAUCUGUUCGCCCAAACCGCUUCACAUCAGAGAGCUAGCCGAGGCUGUUAAGCUUGAUAUUGUGAAGACCUUAACAGCUAACGGAAGAGAACUCGAGAACAUGACCGGACACCUCGUUGUCGUGGACAGUCAGUCCUACAUCCGGAUCGCACAUCAGACGACGUCAGCUUUCUUAAGCCAGCAAAGAGAAGAUGGCUUCUGGGUCGACCGUGUAGCUGCACACUCCGUCAUUGCCGAAACCUGUCUCAACCUUCUCUGCAGUGCCGAUUUUGCACCACCAAGGACACGUCGAGGAGUCGCGACGACCAAGAUGCAUACUACCUCACCUCUGUCAGACUAUGCUGCACUUAACUUCUCUUACCAUCUCAUUCAGGGUUCUUCAGCUACCGACUCUCUUCUCAUCCUUUUGAAUAAGUUCUUUAGGACCAAUGUCCUGACGUGGAUCGAAAGGACAGCUACAGCUGGGAAUCUUUGGACUCUACAGCUCACUGCGCAGAGGCUCAAGAUGUAUCUAGGUCGUCGAGCCAAGUACCAGUCCCCAGUCAGCGUGGAAUCACAGACUAUUGCAACAUGGGCAAAUGACAUUUACCACAUCCUCGCUGCCUUCCAUUCUGUUCUGCUAGCCGCUCCAUCUUCGAUUCACUUCCUUGUCCCACACUUUUGCCCACCAAAGUCGAUGAUCGGGCAGCUCUUCGCAAAACCUACCAAGCGAAUAAAGAUUGCAGGUCCGAUAGAUGAAGAUUGGAACGACAGGUUGACAGGAUAUUUAUUUCCAGAAGAGGCUUGUGCGAUAGCCUGUUGCCCACGCCUUCUGGCCGUUGGCCUUUCCAGCGGAGACAUCAAACUUUAUUACCUCUCUGGGUCUGGAACAUUCGAUGCAGCUGCUACAUUGAAGCACGGGAAGAGGGUUCGUCUUCUCGCAUUCAAUCGAACCUCUUCCUUGUUGGCCUCCUGUAGUGCUCGUAAGUUGCAACUGUGGGAGACUCGCGGGUCUCAUGGGACCAUAAGGCUAUCUCCUGUUUGGUCACAGAACAUCGACUUCACGUCAGGGUCAAUAUCCUUCGACCCUGAAGGACAGUCAAUCAUCUUGACCAAUCCUCAGGGCAGUUCUCUAUCUUUCUAUGGGAUUACCGACGGCCAAAGAGCGGAAAGCAUACUCCUUCACGCGCCCUCAGACUCAGACUCAUCGGACGAAAGCGACAAACAGGUGGCUUCGUGGACGCCAGCUGUACAGAUCCGCCUCGACUCAGAUCACAAGCUUGCCGCACUGGCUUAUCGAAAUGCCUUAAUUUCCAUCUGGGACUUGACUGCCACUGAGAAUCUCGGCAAUUUUGAGAAGGAAGGUUUCGAGCAUGUCUACGCCACCCCACAGACCUUAGACAUGGUUUUCAAUCCGAUUGCCGAGCUCGAACUACUAGCAAUAUCGUACAAGGACGGCGAUAUUGUAACUUGCAAUCCGUGGACGCAAGAACAAACGAACAAGUACCAUCUCCCAACAUCGCUCUCUGUCCUAUCCACCACCUCGGAUGGCAGGAUUCUUGCAGGUGCGGCAGAGGAUGGAGGUAUUUACCUGUUCCUCUUCGAGACUUUGCAGCCCAUAUACCAGAUUGAAAGACCCGAUGAUCAGCUGAGGAUUUACAACAUUGUAUUUUCCACCGAUAAUCUGCGGUUCUUCGAUAUCCGGGGGCAAAGUUGCAAUGUUUGGGAGCCAUUCAUAUUGGUGCCUAAAGAUGGGUCCGAUGAUAGCUCUUCGGAACCAUUCAGUGAAGAAAUCCCGCUUCCUGAGACUACGGCAUCCCAUGCCCAUGUGUUCCAGUGGGGAGAAGCCAUCACUGCCAUCGAGCCAGCCGACGACAGAUUCUUGCUCGUCGGGCGUCAAGAUGGCACAAUUGAUGUAAGCGAGUUGAGCACCGGCGAUGUUGUCGAGAAACUUCGGAUCCACGAUGCAUUCACGGAGAUCAAGUCACUGGACUGGAAUGCCGAUAACAGCACGCUGCUCAGUGUGGACACCACCGGGCGUCAUAUCCUUACGAAAAUCGCGUCCUUAGGAAGGGCAUCUAGAGCGCGAACCACUCGGUUGCUCGACCGCCGAAAUGACGGUAACAUUUUCCAAGUCAUCCUGAGUUCAGAUGCCGAGUCACUGCUCGUUUGCGCAGAUUCCAGCGCAAAAUUGAUCGGUAUCAAUGGAAAUGUGAUGGGCGAAGAGAAAGACCUCAAUGGAGCCUGGUGGAUUAAACAUCCAUCGAGUCCUUCUCACUUGCUUGCAUUCCAAGAGAGCCAUGUUCACAUCUACGAGUGGUCUACACUGCACAAAGCGGGCACAGAAAUUAGGAUUUCUUCUAUCAUACCUCAAUCACUCCUCCCGAAGGUCCCCCACGCGUGGAUCAGCGGCACUGGUUCUGCCUAUUUGGCACAGGGUCUUCCUCAUUCGCCCGAGCAAGCGAGUGGUAUCGUCGCAGUUGAGGCGUCUAAGAUCACGACUACAACAGAGAUGAUCGCGAGUCAAAGUUUACGCAUGACAUCUGCGCCCAUACAAUGCGUAAUCGGCUGCAUACGAUCGAGUCUGUUCUUCCUCGAUACGGCUGGAUGGGUUUGCUCUAUUAGCCUGAGACAUCUCGCAGAGGCAUCUCAUUUCACACGACACUUCUUUGUUCCAUUGACAUGGCGUACGGGAACUGAUGUCGUAAUUAAGGUCGUUUCAAAGACCGCGGUAGCAUUUGGAAGAGGGGAACAGUUGAUCAUCUUUCACGGGUUUUUGGAGUUCGAGGAAAAAGUAGCGUUGUCAAACAUCUAG